GGAAUUGUAGUUCGCGGAGUAUAUGUGAACAAAAAAAUGGCGGAUGACAAUGAGGAUCAGUGGUUAUACGGCGAUUCGGCUGAGGGAAAAGACUUUACACCGACGAAUAUUCAGUCAGAAAGUCAUCAAAAUGAAUCUGUCCUCACCAACCUUCCGGAGAAAUCUCAAGUUCCAGAAGAUCAGAGGAUGGAGAGUUCCAACGAAGUACCGUCUGAGGAGGAUGGAAACUCUCAUACUGGUAGAGAAGAGUCUUUGCUGAAUAACACGCAGGAAGAUAACGUCGAUGUGAAUAAGAAUGGGACUAGGGAGCCGUCUAGCCAAGAGGACGGCGAGGCACCCAGCGAUUCCGAUUCUGAUGAUGAUGUGCACGUUGUUAUUGGCGAUAUCAAGUCUACUCCAGCAUAUGGUAGUUUGAACAUCAAAAGAGGUGGACUGUUGACCAACGCGUCUGGCGUACCGGAUAAACUGAACAAACAGCCGGGCAAGUUCAGUAUAGAAGAGUUUGAAACGAUCGGGAUCAUCAAUGGAAUACCAGCUCAUGAAUUCAAUCUCGAUCAGUUGGAAGAUAAACCAUGGCGGCAACCUGGCGCGGACAUCACAGAUUAUUUCAACUACGGCUUCAACGAGGAGACAUGGCGUGCCUAUUGCGAACGACAGAAGCGGAUGCGCAACGAGUCCGGGGUGGGAUUGAUUCUGAAUACUGGCAGCGGUGGCGGCAAUCAGGGUAGUAUGAGAAUGCCACAAGUUGCGAUAACUAACGACAACAGUAAAUAUUCAGGAAUUAUGGGGCCGAAGAGAGCAGGACCGCCUCCAGGACGAAAAAUGGCAGGCACCAUUGAUGUGAUCGGCAGUUCUGGUCUGGCUUCGCGAAGAAACUUGGACAAGUCACCACCGAAGGGCAAUGUUAUACAAGUAAUGACCGCAGACAGAAGGGAAUACUCUAGGAAACCUGGCUUUCCGGAUAUGAGCGUACCACCUCCUGGUGCAGGCAUGCCGCCGCCAUUUGACAUGCCGCCCCCGGGCUACGCUGGUGAAGCGACGUCUUUCUACAUGCCAGACGCUGACCCGUAUUAUCAGAGCUACGAACCGACGCAGGACAGCCAAUGGGGUAACGAUCCGACAUGGCAACCAACGAAUCUGGCGAUUCCGAUGACUGAGAAUGAAGACGACAAAGAUCUGGGACCCAAGACAAUACCCACCAUGGUGCCACCGACAUCUAUUCCACCUCUGAUUCAAUCGCGCGAUCAAAGAGACGCUAGAGAUCGCGAAAGAGAUAGAGACAGAGAUCGGGACAGGGAUAUAGACUCUAUGGGCAGAGACAGGGAUAGAGAAAAGGACAGAGACCGCGACCGUGAGAGAGAAAAGGAUCCGUUGAUGAGGGAUCGUGAUAGAGAAAGGGACUCUAUGACGAGAGACGAGGAUCGAGAGCGCGAAAGAUCGAGAUCUCAGUAUCGACAUAAGGAUCGGCAUCGGCAUCGAUCAAGGUCGCGGUCCCGUAGACACAAAUCGAGAUCGCGAAGUCCAAGUCGACGCAAGAAGAAAUCCAGACGCUCGGACAGAGAGCGAUCGAAGGAAGAGAGCGAAUAAAUUGAAUAACAUACAUGCAUAUAUAUAUAUAUAUAUAUAUAUAUAUAUAUAUAUGUAUAUAUAUGCGUAUAUACUAUUACGCGUAUAUUGAUCGACGGCUGUUGUAGCAAAACUACAAAAGUUACAGAGAUCACCUUUCAUAAACAGGUGUUCUGAUGGUUAAUCUAUAAACAUAUACACUCAGAACAAGUGCGCGAUAGUAUGAUUAAUUUACGAAAAUAAUAUAAUCGGCAUUAAUACUUUGGCCAAUUAUUCGGCUCGAGUACGUUUUAGGUAACAUAACUUGCGAUAACUAUCGAGACGGAUUUCUAUUUGUAAAUUUACAAUGCACUUACACACCACACGUCUGUAAUAGUGUUUAAAAAACAUAUUGUCGCUUCUUAUUCAAUAGCACAAUUCAAUCGCUUUAUUUCGCAAAAAAAUGAAGAUAAACCGCGAAUUGCUCGUGAAAUUUUGUGCGAUCUUCAAACGUGAAGUGAUUGCAUCAGUGUGCGCCUGAUUGAGAGCAAACUAAACAUUGGGUUUGCUGAAGCAGAUCGGUCGAAACCACAGAUGGAAGACAGAAUUGCGAUAUAUAUGUAAAUGUUAUCUCGAAAAUGAUGCAUCCCUUGUAAUUUUUGUUAGUGCAAGUUUUCACAAAACUGAAAAGAAAAAAGAAGAGAUGAUACGAUAAUAAAAUAAUAUUUUCUAGGAAA